CACCCUGGUCGCUUCGUCCAUAUCAAACCCUCCCACACUCGGCGCCUCCGACAAGGCAUCUCACCGCUCCAACGGCCGUCUAGCCUGCAGGGCGGACCCGUAUUUCAAGCGCAAAUUUUAGCACAAAAAUAAUCGCUUUUUUCCCCCUCACGGAGCUGUCAAAGUAGAAGAAGCGAAAGACGGGAGCGACAUGGCCACGACAACCUGUACGCGAUUCACGGACGAAUAUCAGCUGUACGAGGAGCUGGGGAAGGGAGCCUUUUCAGUGGUGCGCAGAUGUGUUAAGCUGUGUACAGGUCAGGAGUAUGCCGCCAAAAUAAUCAACACCAAAAAGUUAUCUGCAAGAGAUCACCAGAAGCUGGAACGAGAGGCUCGCAUUUGUCGCCUGUUGAAACACCCCAACAUUGUUCGUCUUCAUGACAGUAUAUCAGAGGAGGGCUUCCACUACCUCCUGUUUGAUUUGGUGACCGGAGGUGAACUGUUUGAGGACAUCGUAGCCAGAGAGUAUUACAGCGAGGCCGACGCCAGUCAUUGCAUCCAGCAGAUCCUGGAGGCGGUGCUUCACUGCCAUCAAAUGGGUGUGGUGCACCGGGACCUGAAGCCAGAGAACCUGCUCCUUGCAAGCAAAUGCAAGAAUGCCGCAGUGAAGCUGGCCGACUUUGGACUAGCCAUUGAGGUACAGGGGGAUCAGCAGGCCUGGUUUGGAUUUGCUGGCACACCGGGGUACCUGUCCCCUGAGGUACUGAGGAAGGAGGCAUAUGGCAAACCUGUGGACAUCUGGGCCUGCGGGGUGAUCCUCUACAUCCUGCUGGUGGGUUACCCUCCUUUCUGGGAUGAGGACCAGCACAAGCUGUACCAACAGAUCAAGGCUGGGGCUUACGAUUUUCCUUCCCCAGAGUGGGACACAGUCACCCCAGAGGCCAAAAACCUGAUCAACCAGAUGCUGACCAUCAACCCAGCUAAAAGGAUCACUGCUCAGGAGGCCCUCAAGCACCCAUGGGUCUGUCAACGGUCCACAGUGGCAUCUAUGAUGCACAGACAGGAGACAGUGGAGUGCCUGAAGAAAUUCAAUGCCAGGAGGAAACUCAAGGGGGCCAUUCUUACUACCAUGCUGGUUUCUCGAAAUUUCUCUGUGGGCAGCAGACAGACCACCGCUCCAGCCUCUGUCACUGCGGCCGCAGCAGCAGUGGCUGCAGCCGCCGGCACCACCGCAGGGCUGGUGGAACAAGCUAAGACCUUGCUCAACAAAAAGGCAGAUGUGAAGCCCCAGACAAACAGCACCAAAAACAGCAUAGUCACCAGCCCCAAAGGAAACAUCCCUUCACCUGCUCUGGAACCUCAGACAACCGUCAUCCAUAAUCCAGUGGACAGGACGAAGGAGUCGUCAGACAGCAGCAACACCACUGUGGAGGAUGAAGAUGUGAAAGCUGCCACAAAGUUUGCUGACCUGCUGGGCUCAGUGCGCAGGGGCUCAGGGCCCACAUCCGACAGCGAAGGGAGAUCCAGCACCCCGCCUCCCGCUGCCCUCUCUGCCCCCUCCCCUCCACACACCCCUGUUGUCCCCAUGCAGAUGUCUCGGCUCACAGACCUGGUAAGCAGCGUUCGCAGGGUGCCGGCAGCCCCUGCACCCGAGGGUGACGCUGCGCCGGUGCCUAGCGCCAGGCCCGCCCCUCCACCUGCACACACCACCUCCCCACCUCCCCCCCACUCCCCUUCCAGCCCUUCCUUGUCUUCCUCCCAGACACGCAAGCAAGAAAUUAUAAAGAUCACUGAGCAGCUGAUAGAGGCAAUCAACAAUGGAGACUUUGAGGCAUACGCUAAGAUCUGCGACCCUGGACUGACUUCGUUUGAGCCGGAGGCGCUGGGCAACCUGGUAGAGGGGAUGGAUUUCCACAGAUUCUACUUUGAGAACCUUUUGGCUAAGAACAGCAAGCCCAUCCACACCACCAUCCUGAACCCCCACGUCCACCUGAUCGGCGAGGACGCAGCCUGCAUCGCUUACAUCCGCCUGACUCAGUUUGUUGACGGCCAGGGUCGGCCGCGGUCCAGCCAGUCAGAGGAAACUCGCGUCUGGCACCGCAGAGACAGCAAGUGGCAGAACAUCCACUUCCACUGCUCAGGCGCACCAGCUGCGCCGCUCCAGUGAGGGUUGAAUGCCAUAGCUUUGUCUGUCAGGAGUGCUCUGCUGGAGAGAGAGAGGAAGAGGAGGAGGAGGAAGGGAUGAAAGAACAAGUCCAGUGUCAGUUUGGGGACAGGGCUCCUCGCCCUUUAACAGCAAACCCUCCCUCACUGGACGCCCAGCCUCAACACCCCCAGCAUGCAUCUCGUCUUUUACUACUACAGCGCCCUGUCUGUCGCCUGCCCGGCAACAUCUUCUGACAACCAUCAAACAGCAGCGACUGAACGUCCAACAGCUCGACAUCCUUCACCCCCUCCGGCUUCCUCUUCUUCCCUCCGGCACACUGGGUGAUUGGUGGGGGUGGGGCUGUUUUCAGCACUCGUUGUGAUUCCUUCUUCCCGUGGUCUCCUCCCCUCGUCCCCACUAUUUUUUGUGACACCAAUCCUCUUGUCCUCCUGUGAAUCCACACUUGUGUGACAUAAACACUGCACUGGAAAUACAGUAUGUAAAGUUUUAAGUAAAAUCUAUUAUAAUCAUUACUAUAUUAUUAUUAUGAUGACUAUUAUUAUUACACAUUUGCAAUUGUAUAUGUAAUUUGUAUAAUUUGAAAUUCUCGAUGCCAGUGGUUUCUAGAGUUGAAGGAAAUCUUUUUUUGUCUGUUUGUUUGUUUGUUUGUUUGUCUCUAUCUUUUUAAGGAAGCAUGUUUUUUUCCCCAUAUUAACAGUGGCUGGUUUUUAUUGUGGCUAUUAAGUGGAAAAUGAUAUUGGCAGUUUUUGUAAUUCGCUUCUUGUAUGUUUGCUAUAAUACUGCGCCCAAACUCAUGGUCAACAUGUUUUUGUUUGUUUGUUUUGGGGUUAUUUGCUGUGUGUGUGUGUUUUUCGUUUUUUGAUAUUUUUUUUUUAGUGUCUGAUGGUGUUCAUGUAGAGUGAGUCCUUACGGUUGCGGAGUGUUUGCUCGUCCAAACAUGGUGACUCUGCACAGUAGGAGGAACCCAUUGUUUUUCCCUCGAUGCGGCGUGAACGGCAGGAGAGGGGGUUAGCUAGGCUCAGUGUCUUCCCGCAUCAAAAACCUGAACAUUUCACACAUAGAGCGAACAGCAUGCAAUAGGAGUUUUAGCGUGAAUUUACUUUUACAUCUUCAUGUUUGACGCUGUUGUGAUAGAGAAUGCCAUGCGCUCUAGCGCCCCAAGUGGUGAGGUUUAGAAAAUGAAGACGAAGAAGACAUGUUGCUUUUUUUCCGUUAGCGACAGUGGUCCUUGUUUUGCCUUACUGCAGCCAUGAGAAAAAUAUUGUUUCUCAGCACAGUGAGAACAUUUUAUUAUAACAACACGCUUUUUUUGUUGUUAAAACGACAUGCCAACUUAUUUUGUCUUAAUAAUAAACUUAUUUAACAAAUCAUCUUAUCACAUUAUGACGAAAUAAGUUGGUUUGUUACUAGAAAUUAUUUUUAUGUUCCAUGUUGUAACAAGAAAAGCAUCCAGCCUAAAGAGGAGAUACCAUAGCCAAUGUCAGAGAAACAGACGAUGAUUCAUUUGAAGGAAUCAUUUGACCUUUAUUUAUUGUUGUGUGUGCUAGUGGAGAUGAACACAUUAAAAAGAGUUUUUAAUCAUGCAGGGCUGUACAAAAGAAAGUAUGUUUGACCGUAGAGGAAGCAUCAUUUCUCCUAAAUUAUGUGGAGGGUCAUGAAAGGCUGCAUGGGUACCAGGCCCACUCCUGUUUUAAAGUAAACUCAGGAUUAUGUUUAAUCCAGAGCUAGCCUGAUCUUUGACCAGAGAAAUCCCAGCAGGUUUAACUGGACAUUUAAACACUGACAAUUUAUUGCUCUGUUCUACAACAAACACUUGUUGAACAAAUUCAAGGCCAUCCUGUUGGUAAAAUACCUACAUCACUGCUGUAGUAUAAGGAAUAGAAUUCACCUCAAUCAUUCAAUCGGUCAGUAUGACCAUUUUGGUAGAUUAAUAAAUCCAUCUAUAUUUUGUAUAUGUACGUAUUGUAUUGUGUUUCCCACUAAAACUCUAUAAAACAUUUAACUGCUCAGUGAAACUAAGACAGAUGAGAAAGGACUGCAUCAAAAAUACUGUACGCUAUUUUUUUGUUCUAUCAACACACCAACUUGUGAUAUAAUGAGAACAGCUUCUUGUUAUCAUGGAAUAUUAUGGUAUGUCACCAUAACAAAUGAAUUAUGUCUUACCGUUACAUCAGCGUAUCUUGUCAUAAUUGCAACAUUUUGUCAAGAUGAGAAACUGAGCACCAUUUGUUGGUCACGUGACCCCGCACCUCUGUCUUUUCUCAAUCAAUGACGAAUCCUGAAACUGAGUGAGUGAGGGAGGGAUUCAGCCUCGACCCCUGUUCCCACCGGGAGCCUUUUUGUUUGUUUGUUUGUUUUGUAUUUUUUUGUUUGGGCUGGUGGUGCUAAAAAGGUGCUCGAGGAGGGACACUUGUUGGUGGCUCCUGACGUUGCUAGGCGACAGCUGAAUACCCGCUUGAAGCUCAGUGCGCUUUUCCUAGAAGUCGUGAUAUUUUUAACUCGCUAAGAUUGCCGUGCUGUUUGGAACACAACAGCAGGUCCUUUUCUUUUCAGUCAGAGUGACAAAGCUGCAGACGUCAGUGCUCUAAAGAAAGGAUCUGACCUUUCUCACCUCUACAGCCACAGUGCAGAGAGCUGCUGCCGCUGCCUGUUGGUCGAUAUGAAGCACAAACACACAGAGAACUAAUCCUUUGGUCCAUAUCAGUAAUGAAGAAGGGUAUGAAAGCUUAAAGCCUCUACGGGUGUUUUCCGGCAUCCCGUGAAUUGAACGUCUGUGAAUUGUGAGGUUUCGCUUUGCUAUUCUGUGGUCUGGUUCCUCAUUUCAGGGCAGUCCUUUCCCGCAGGGUGCAAUAUUUGUAUGUGUGUGUGUGUGUGUGUGUGUGUGUGUGUGUGUGUGUGUGUGUGUGUCUGUUGCUCUCAGUGUGUAUUUUUUUAAAAACCUGGCAGGGGUGGGAGGUGUUGUGUGAGAGAUGGAAGGAGAAGGCUUUAUUUCGGAGGACGCAUCAGUCCCCUGCCUUCAUCCCGGGACUUUUUUUUUCUCAUGGUUUGCUCUGUUUUUUUCAUGUAUUAUGUUUUUUCUUGUAUUAUCAGCUUUUUAUGAUUAUAAAGUGCUUGUGCCAGGAGAGGCAGGUUUAAUCCGACGGACUUCGCAGCACUGAAAACUCUUUUCGUGGGGGUUUGACUUGCAAUCGGCUCCUCUGUACUUUGCUCGUCCACCAUUGGCUGCCUUCACAUUUGUCUCGACCCUAUUGGUCAGACCAAGAUAUUAAGAGACCGGGCAGUCGGUUUGGUGAAUAGUCCUCAGGUUUCUAUUUAUUUUAAAUAUUUAUUUAUUUAUUUUAGUGCAUAUUUUUAUUGUGCUUCUCUCUUUUUUGUUUUGUUUUCCUAUUGUGUACAGCUCAUGCACAUGUGCAAGUACUGUCUGUUGUUGUUCAAAGGGACACUGCUCCAUGUUAAACAUGACUGUUUUAAAGGGAUAGUACACCCAGUUUGCAUCCUGCAUGUGUUUUUCUGCAACGACCAACAUGGUGUGACUUACUUUUUCUGUUUUUCUGCUAUUUUUUCAUCUGCUACUUUGAAGUUUAUUUUUCACUUUGUUUUUGCAGUUUUCUGCUGUCAAUUGUUUUUCUUCCAUGUAGCUCAUUACCACUUUGCCAGAGUGGGACAUCUCUCCCAUUAUAAAUCACAGAACACAUAUUUUGUGUGAACUAUCCCUCCAAAGGCUUCAUCGCCUUUUUUGAGAUGAUGAAGCGGUUUUCGAAUGAAGGUUUUUCAAGGCGAACCACGGAGUCGUUGUAUUGUACUCAUGUCUCAUCCAGUAACAGUGUUAAUGCCUAGUUGACCAUGUUUUAUACUAAAAGGUUAAAGGUCACCCGAAAGCGUUCAUGCGUGAUAGUGCUAACCAAACUUGACCCCCACCCGCCUCUGAAAAAAGAAGAAAUAGCAGCAUGUACAGUACAAAGGUGUCGUUCUUCUGUUUUUCUUAGUGUGUUUACUAGCCUUGAAAAUCAAUAAAAUAAGAUUCACAUAUUUAAGUCGAGGGAGUUCACAGUAUUACACAACUGCAACUAACUAGCAGCGUAGCUGGCAUUUUCUUUGCAUGACAGUCGGGACUCUUGGUUUUUUGGUGUUUUCCAUUUUAUUUGGUUUCUCAUUUUCUACUGAAUGCUGGUAUACUCGACCUUUCUCUAUCUAUUUUCUCAGCUUUUUAAGUGCAUAUAACUAUUUUUGUCUCAAGAUGAUAUAAUGAAGAUGAUUAUGAUGAUCACAUUAAUGAUAUUAAAGACUGUGGCACUAUGAGGAUGACUAUGAGGAUGUUAUGGUGUGAUGCAGAUUAUCUCGCAUGCUUUUCUACGGGGCUCUGUGUUGUCAGUGCAGACUGGCUGCCUCUCAUACGAGCACCAAGAGUGACUGGUGCGUCACUCAUUCACUCACAGCAUUCGAGUCUUACAGAUUAGAGGCCGUUCAAAGAGCGAAUGAGCUCCAGCAGGGGGCGCAGUCACAAAGUAAAGCACAAACGCAAGCAGAUGGAUGCUGGAUUGAUGCUUUUUAUUGUAGCUGCACAUAAGUUGACUUUAGUGUUGAAUCUAACUGACAGUCCAGUCAGAGACAACAGCAGUUUGUCAGUGUAGAAUAAGAAGAAGCUUCCAGUAUAAUUGAUCAGGGCUGCACAAUUAUGAUCCUGAUCAAACUUAGACACCGUGAUCAUGAUGUUGAGACAUGAUUGUUUUCCUCUGUGGUUCUGGGGAACAAAAUCGGUCUCCUUUAUUCGUGUGAUAUCAGAAAGAUUUUUUAUGCUUUUAACUAAAUGAAACGUACCAGUGCUGCCCAUAAAUCGGGAUUCUGUGUGAAUGAUCAGUGCUGAAAUCUUGGUAGAAAGUAAUUAAUUGUGCAGCCCUACAUAAAACUACAAUAACUGUCCUUCUAUAGUCUCUUGAGGUCAGUGCGGGCUCUUAGUCAGAUGAAGCAUUACUCAGAUCAAUGCCGCUGUGUUCACUCUGAACCUCUGCCAUCGUCUUUCUCCAGCCAGUGACUGAGUUGCACUGACAACACUGAGCUGGCCACUCUUUGUAGGGUGUCUUUCACUCUUUCUCCCAUUCCCUCUGUUUCCAACCCUAUUCAAUCAUUUCUCUGCAGUUGGCUCUUUCUAGUUUCCUUUUGUCUCUUUUUGUCAGUUUGGGUUUCUUCUGUAUAAUAAUAUUAAUCUAGUUCUCUGAUUCUUCGGAUUAUUGCUCUGUUCUCUUACGUGCUACACGUGUUUCUAUAACUUCAAGAAAAUGUGUUAAGGUGUUAUCAAUAAAAUGAUCAU